AUGAAGAAAAGCAGGCCCGAGUCUCCACUCAUUCACCAUGGCGACAUAGAAAGCUAUGGCUCGAUGCAAACACAUCAAGAUGAUGGAGCAAUCGCGAACGAAUCACUCAGCUUCACCGCCAGGAAUGCUGGGAUGUUAUUGAUCAUAUACUCCCAGUUUUUCUUUGCUUCCAUGGAUAUCUCGGUGAAGCUACUGAACGGUUUGGAGCCUCCGGUGCACGCACUUCAGAUUAUCGUGAUUAGGAUGGGCAUCACCUUGAUAUGCUGCGAGAUAUACAUGACUGUUAUGGGGAUCCCUGAUCCCAUAGCUGGCCCUAAAGGUGUUCGAAUGAUGCUUUUCAUCCGUGGUGUCACUGGGUGGGUGCUCAUAUACUCGCGCGGCCUCAAACUUAUCAACAAUCUGUUUCCCAGGUUUUUUGGGCUAUCUGGCAUGUACUGGUCUCUCCAGUACUUGUCUGUCGCAGAUGCCACAGUCUUGGUUUUUUUAACACCUCUUACGGCAGCGGUGGCUGGAUCUGUAUUUUUGAAGGAGAGCUAUUCCGUCAAGCAAGCUAUCGCGGGAGUUUUCAGUCUCCUCGGUGUCAUCCUCAUAGGCAGACCCGCGUUCCUAUUUGGCUCCCUGGAUGCUGUCCCUCAAGGACUCUCAGACGUGGCCCCUGCGCAAAGGUUGGCGGGUGUUGUGUGGGUACCAUUACGCGCACUCUGCCCCGCUCAACCUACAAUUUAUCUAUUUUCGGUAGGGCCUGUAUGGUCAGCGUACUUGGAAAUACUGGAGCAUGUACGUAUUGUCAUUGACCUUCUGAUGGUAAUGGCCGCUUUAAUGGUUUUAAUAGAUACCUCGAUACGCGCAAUUGGGAAGCGCGCUCACCCGAUGCAUGUAAUGUCAUACUUUUCAUUAUGGUGCACAAUUAUAUCAUCUUUGGGGAUGGUUGUUUUUGAUAUUCCCGUUGUAUAUCCUACGUCAUGGAUGUGGAUACUUCUUCUGCUCAUGGUCGGUGUCUUCGGCUUUGCGGCGCAGACCCUUUUGACGAUGGGACUACAAAAAGAAACUGUGUCGCGUGGUGUCACUGGAAUGUAUGCUCAGGUGGUUUUCGUCGUGGUGCUUGAACGCCUGUUCUUCGGAGUUACGCCGUCUUUACCGUCGGUUCUCGGCGCCGCUGUCAUCAUGUCCUCUGCUUUCUAUGUCGUCAUGAAAAAAACCUGACCAAGACAGUGCCAGUGACAAUGCUGCAACACAGAAGUGUGGGGCCCUGCCUACUCCGAGGAGUCGGAUAUAUUGUUACUUCUGAGUCUUGCACUUUCUAAAAAUACUCCAGCACUUGUGCAUUCAACGACCGUUAUUAUGUCCACUCGAGUUUACGUUGUGGUGGGAAGUCAUCCUUGCAUGGUUCAUCUAAGUUCACUGGAAACUACACUAUAGACAGCACCACCAGCAGUACUAUUUCCCAAGUUAACGGACUCCUGCCCGGCCUUAAU